GGCGGGGCUGGCUCGCGCGGCGGUUGAAGCGGCGCUUGGAGCCGGCGGGAGCGGCGCUGUCCGGACGGGGAUUGCGCUCGGGACGGGGGCCGCCGCGCUCGGGAUGGGCCCGGCUGGGUCCCGUCGUGCCCGCGGAAUUCUAGCUGGAGUGCCCCUUGCUUUGAGAAGCAGAAUGACUGUCUCGUGGCACUGUUCUGAGGAAAGGGCAUAGAAAGUCUGUCACUGCUCUUUGCCUAAGGUGUGUAGUAAAAAUGGUGCAGAAAUACCAGUCCCCAGUUCGGGUCUACAAGUAUCCUUUUGAGCUCGUCAUGGCAGCAUAUGAGAAACGCUUUCCUACAUGUCCAGAGAUCCCAGUCUUCCUGGGGAGUGAAAUCCUUCAUGAAUCCAGGAGUGAUGAUGGAGCUAUCCAUGUCAUUGAACGGAGCUGCAAACUGAAUGUGGAUGCUCCUAGGCUGCUGAAGAAGAUUGCAGGGGUAGAAUAUGUGUUUUUCAUCCAGAAAAACACAGUCAACUGGAAAGAGCGAACUCUCCGCAUUGAAGCCCACAACGAGACUUUUGCCAACCGUGUUGUCGUUCUUGAGACAUGUAGCUACUCAGUUCACCCUGAGAAUGAAGAGUGGACUUGCUUUGAACAAUCUGCAUCUCUUGACAUCAAGUCAUUUUUCGGUUUUGAAAGCACAGUGGAAAAGAUUGCCAUGAAGCAGUAUACCUCAAACAUCAAGCGGGGCAAGGAGGUGAUUGAACACUAUCUGAAGGAGCUGAUCUCCCAAGGGAUCACGUUCAUCCCCCGCUGGACACCUCCCCGUGUGUGUGAGCAGAAGGAUGAGCAAACCCCAGCUGCUGGAGAUGCUGCUGAUGCUGCUGUGGCCCUUGACUCUGGAGCUCUUGGAACUACCAAAGAGCAAACUGGCAGCUCCUGCCUUCCAGCAGAGGCUCUCAGCUCUGAUGGUGACAAGCUGGAUGCUGAUUACAUCGAGCGCUAUCUGGGCCAGCUGACUCCGAUGCAGGAGAGCUGCUUGAUUCGCCUGCGCCAGUGGCUGCAAGAGACGCACAAAGGCAAGAUCCCUAAAGAUGAACAUAUCCUUCGGUUCCUGCGGGCGCGGGACUUCAACAUCGACAAGGCUCGAGAAAUGCUCUGCCAGUCGCUGUCUUGGCGCAAGCAGUACCAGGUGGAUUACAUCCUCCAGUCCUGGAGGCCUCCAGCCCUCCUAGAUGAAUACUACACUGGAGGGUGGCAUUACCAAGACAAAGAUGGACGACCACUCUACAUCCUUCGUCUUGGCCAGAUGGACACAAAAGGUUUGGUGAAAGCUUUGGGAGAGGAAUCAUUGUUGCGACAUGUUCUGUCAAUUAAUGAGGAAGGACAAAAGAGGUGUGAGGAAAACACCAACAUCUUUGGCCGCCCCAUCACAUCCUGGACAUGUCUGGUGGACUUGGAAGGAUUGAAUAUGCGGCAUCUCUGGCGGCCUGGAGUUAAGGCCCUGCUUCGGAUAAUUGAGGUUGUGGAGGACAACUACCCUGAGACUCUGGGGAGACUGUUGAUAGUGCGAGCACCCAGGGUUUUUCCUGUGCUCUGGACUUUGGUUAGUCCCUUUAUCAAUGAGAACACAAGACAGAAGUUCCUCAUUUACAGUGGGAAUAACUAUCAGGGUCCAGGAGGGCUGGUCGAUUAUGUGGACAAAGAUGUGAUCCCAGACUUCCUGGGAGGAGACUGUAUGUGUACUGUCCCAGAAGGUGGCCUUGUUCCCAAGUCACUUUAUCAAACAGAAGAUGAGUCAGAGAACUCGGAUCACAUCCGGUUAUGGACAGAAACUAUCUAUCACUCUGCAAGCGUCCUCAAAGGAGCUCCACAUGAGAUAGUUGUGGAGAUUCUGGAAGGGGAAUCUGUCAUCACAUGGGAUUUUGACAUCCUGAAGGGAGAUGUGGUGUUCAGCCUCUUCCACUCCAAACGAGCUCCUGAAACAAGUCACAAAGAAGCCACGUUACCAAGUACCUCUGCUGCUGGGGACAAUAUGCAGCUGAUUGACAAGACGUGGGUCCUUGGGGUGGAUUACAGCCAUAUGGAAUCUCCACUGGUUUGCCGGGAAGGAGAAAGCAUCCAGGGAUCUCAUGUCACUCGCUGGCCUGGCUUUUAUAUUCUCCAGUGGAAGAUGCAUGGCCCUCCCCCCUGUGCUGCCACCACCCUCCCUCGGGUGGAUGAUGUUCUUGCCUCUCUGCAAGUUUCCAGUCACAAGUGCAAGCUUAUAUACUACUACGAGGUGCUUGCAUCCAAGGACUUCAGGGGAUCCAUGUCGAGUCUGGAAUCUUGUAACAGUGGUUUUUCCCAGCUGAGUGGAGCCACCACGUUGUCCAGCCAGUCCCAGAGCAGCUCCCAUCUUUCUAGAUAGCAGGGCUGAGGCUGCAGCAGUAAGGAAGAGUCACCCAGGGCCUCCUGGCCCCCUAGAGCUGCUCUGUGCACCAAACCAAAGAGCCUCCAGCGGCUGAGCAUGGAGGCAGUCGUUUGCCUGACCACAGGGAGCAGCCAUUUGGACACAGAGAGGCUUCUGGGAGCUGCUGUGAGCAUCAAACAUUAUUCAUAUGGCAGACUUAGAAAUCUUUAUAUCAGAUGUCUACUUCUCAGUAGUCUUUUUCACAAAUGGGUUUUGGAUGAAUGUCAGUUUGCAUGAAUCUGUGUUAUUCCACUUGAAAGGGCUCUUUCCAGUCAGUCCUUUUCCUAUGUAGAGGAGACUGAUGUUGCCUUAUCUGUUUGCUCUGUAGGACUAUUCAUGUAGCAAAACAAAUCUAGUUUCCUGGGUGCCCAGGGUGGCAGUUACACAUCAGAGUGUGAAAUGGGCACUUCAAGUGCAAGGACUUAAACUGGAAAUUCCUUUAUACAGAGAGGAUGCUUCAAAAAUCAGUUCCAGGGUCAAACCUAAAACCUCUUCUGAUUUGACAGGAUGCUACUAGGAAACAGGCUGGAUUUUUUUUAACCCACUGAGACACAAGUCAUAAUGGGUUUUGAGAAGGCAAUCUGACUCCAGUAAGCAGCAUCUUUCUGAAGGACUACUGUUUCUCUUUCCUCAGGUUUAUAAGCAAUAAUGAGUAGAUCCAACCUAUCUCAUCAAAGUGGAUGGGAGGUGAAUCAUUAUCAAGGGCUAAGAAAAGCAAUAUUUUAUUUCCUGAAGGCACAGAAUUUUAUGGCAGUAUUAUAGACCUUGCUUUAUUAAAACACAAGUUAACUUGAAGAGAAAACUUUAAGAAAAGGCAUGUAUGUAUUUAAGCUCUUACUGAAAGGUAUUUAUUCAAAUAAUAGCUUAUCUAAGUUAAUUUUUAACUUAUUUGUAACUUCAGAAAUGACUAUUUAUUAAAUCCAGUCACCUUUUUUAAUGGGAAGAACUUUGUUGUAGAAAGGCAUAACUGAUUGUCUUCAAUCCCAAUAAGUCUUUCUACUGAGAUUCUACUCGUUGGGAUCCCUGGAUGCUCUCUGUUAAGGGCUGUAUCAUACCCAGCACUUGGGUAAGGGCUGUGUGUUGCUGUCUUCUGCAAGGGGGGGGGGGGCGUGGAGGAGGGUUACACUCCAGGGCCUGGGGACUCUGGAGGGAUGUUUCUUAGUAUUGAGAAGUGAGGAUGGACUUAGGAGCUGGAAGAAGAUUGUGCAUUUUUGACACACCAAAAAUACCACCUUUGUCCCUUAUCUCCACUGAUUAUUCCAGAGAAUAGAUGUGCAACAAAGGCACCAGUGAUCCAGUUAUCAGGUUGGGUAGGGAAGUUGUGUUCUUGUCUAGGUGUCAUCAAAAUGGGAAUAGGUGUCACAUGCUCCAUUGCCCUUGGGCAGUGUCUGCAGCUGGCAGGACUUGUGAUGUGGACAGAUGUUUGCUUUUGAAUCCAGCUGUGCUGUGUGAAGACCUCAUACCCGCCAUGGAGGUUACCUCUGACAGAUCCACUGCCUGCAGAAGGAUCAGGAAGACUGUUGGAUCCUGCAGGGGCUGGAGCUAUCCCAACCAAGCAGCUCGUGUCACAUGUGGCCUAACCUGAAGAAGCUUCCAGUCCCCAGCUGGGGAGCAGCACAAACUGGGAGCACGGCUGGUGGUCGAAGUGCAAUUCCUCCUUGGGCACAGCCAUCCAUGCAUCACCCAUGGCAUCUUCCUCAGCAAAGACUUGGUGCUGCUUUCCCUCUCACCAAGCUUUUAAGGCUGAUGGAAUCUGUGUGGCCAAGAACAACAGACACAUUCCUACUAAUCCUUUUUUUAAUGACUGCUUUGGAAGUACCAGGCGUUGCAGGAGAAGAAAGGAACCCCAAUAUCUGAAACAAUGGGAGACAACUCACUGUGUUCAUAUGAGCUGUUUGGGUGUUUUCAGGGUUGGAGGCAAGGCAAUUGCUCUCCCACCUUGCAUCUCACACUGUAAGAGUGGAACAGGUAACUAAUGCAGGCCAUGGGGAAAUUCUGCUUUCAGAGUUCUCCAGGUAUUCCCAUGGACUUCAUUGUUUCUCCCAGGUGAAUGAAACUUCUAGCUCUGGCA